AAAAUGUCCAUAAUAUUUAAGGUUGUCAAUAAAUAUAUGUGAAUACACACCCAGUAAAUAAAUACCUUCCUGAUGACUUUCACCUGAGCUAAACCACAAUGACGUAGAGGAAGAUGAAAUAGUUCCUUCCAGGUUUGCUUCAAAUUUUGCAGGGUCAGGAAGUAUGUUAAUGUCCUUCCAAUCUCCCACAAAAACAUAACAGCAAUUAGGAGUGUGCUUCUAAUUACCAAAAUGAAUAAGAGAAGACAACUAUCCCCAGACAUAAGUAAAUGUCAACAAAAUAUCAUGUGCAUGUCAGCUAAAACGGAAGUUAACCUCUCAUCGGAAACAAUGGCUAGAGGAAUUUAAAAACAUUGCAAAAAAAAAAAAAGAAACCUGGUGAUUGAAGAACCAAGUUGGGAAAAUAAUGAUUACAAUUCUAUUCUCUAUUUAUGUGGAAAGAAAUGUGAAAAUAAAAGCAGGAAAAAGUCUCAGAAACAUCAAAAAACCUGCUUUACCAUAAUAUCCCCAAACCAUGAUGCCAAAUUUUUAUCUUAUAAUGGACUGAUGAGGUUAUCUUCUAAGGAUGGAAAUGAAGAAUGACUCACCUGCAAUUUUAAAACGUAGUAAUGAACCUGACUGUGCUCCACCUAGACCCAUUUCUCAGAUAACCACCAACCUGAGGGCAACUGCCCUCCUACAAAAAUGAGCCUAGCAAAGUUAGUUACUAAUUAGGAAAAAUCACCCAAUUACGCUAACUUGCUGAGGCUGGCAAGCCGAGCUUUACUGUGUAGGCAGAAUUUCAUCCAGAACACAUUUGGGAAUUGACUAUAAAAAGGCAAACAAAACAGUUGAGACGGGAAGGCACUCCAUUCUGGCUUUCAAGAAUACAGUUCUGCAACGUGCUCGCCCUGACACCAUGUCUCUGCGACUUUCCAGUGGAUCCAGGAGGUCCUGUCCCCGUCCCACCACUGGAUCACUCAGGCUCUCUGGUGGGGGAGCCAGCUUUGGGGCUGGAAAUGCUUGUGGCAUUCCUGGCAUUGGAAGUGGCUUCUCUUGUGCCUUCGGAAGCAGCACGUCAGGAGGAAAUGCAGGGGGAGGCAAUCCCUGUGCUGGCUUCACCGUGAAUGAGGGGGGCCUCCUCUCUGGCAAUGAGAAGGUGACCAUGCAGAACCUCAACGACCGCCUGGCGUCCUACCUGGAGAAUGUGCGAGCUCUGGAGGAGGCCAACUCAGACCUAGAGCAGAAGAUCAAGGGCUGGUAUGAGCAAUUUGGGCCCGGCUCUUGCCGUGGUCUUGAUCAUGACUACAGCAGAUAUUUCCCCAUAAUCGACGAUCUUAAAGCUCAGAUCAUCGCUGCCACCACCAGCAAUGCCAAUGCUGUCCUGCAAAUCGAUAACGCCAGGCUCACAGCAGAUGAUUUCAGACUCAAGUAUGAAAACGAGCUGGCUCUUCACCAAAGUGUAGAGGCUGAUGUCAAUGGAUUACGCAGAGUUUUGGAUGAAAUAACCCUGUGCAGAACAGACCUGGAGAUUCAGUACGAAACCCUGAGUGAAGAGAUGACUUACCUCAAAAAGAACCAUAAGGAGGAGAUGCAAGUGCUGCAGUGCGCGGCGGGCGGCAACGUGAACGUGGAGAUGAACGCGGCGCCCGGGGUGGACCUCACCGUCCUGCUGAACAACAUGCGCGCCGAGUACGAGGCCCUGGCGGAGCAGAACCGCAGGGACGCCGAGGCCUGGUUCAACGAAAAGAGCGCUUCUCUGCAGCAGCAGAUCUCGGAGGACGUGGGAGCCACCACCUCGGCCCGGAACGAGCUGACAGAGAUGAAGCGCACUCUUCAAACCCUGGAAAUCGAGCUGCAGUCUCUCUUGGCCACGAAACAGUCCCUGGAGUGCUCCCUGACGGAGACCGAGAGCAACUACUGCGCGCAGCUCGCGCAGAUCCAGGCGCAGAUCGGGGCCCUGGAGGAGCAGCUGCACCAGGUCCGGACCGAGACCGAGGGCCAGAAGCUCGAGUACGAGCAGCUGCUCGACAUCAAGGUCCACCUGGAAAAAGAGAUCGAGACCUACUGUCUCCUCAUAGGAGGAGAAGAUGGGGCUUGUAAGUCUGGAGGUUACAAGUCUAAAGAUUAUGGAUCCGGAAACCUGGGCAAUCAAGUCAAAGAUACAGCCAAAGCCAUAGUGGUUAAGAAAGUUCUGGAAGAGGUAGACCAACGCAGCAAAAUACUUACCACCAGACUCCACUCCCUGGAAGAGAAAUCUCAAAGCAAUUAAUUUGAGACACUACAGAGAACAUAUGCUAAAUACACUCAGAGGGAAAAAAGCAACAUAUAUCUGUCUGGAAAAAUGAGCACAUCUAAAAAAAAUGUCUGUCCUGUUGUCUUUCUGUUAUUUUCUCUUUCUGAGCAGUCAAUAGCAGUAUCUCCCCAUUCACCUAGAAGAACAUCACAUACAAAUAUGAUGACUCCUUUAAUAACUCUACAGAAAUCUGUUGUCAAUUCUCUAUAUUCAAUAAACCUUCUUCCUUUAGCAA